AUGCUUGAAGAACGACUGCAUCUCGACGCAUCGCAAACUCAGACGUACACCACAGCAUUGCUCGCCACACAUGGGUUCAUUGGUCUCGUCUCUGCUCCGAUUGUCGCUCACCUUGCCGAGAAGACUCCGAGCCAGAAGAAACCACUCUUGAUCGCUCUGGCAGGAUGUUUUAUGGGAACUCUUAUGAUUGCUCUCGCCCCAUCUGUUUGGCUCCUCUUCCUUGGUCGCAUCCUGCAAUCUAUGGCAGGUGCCGCCACUUGGGUGGUUGGAUUUGCUCUAUUGGCAAACAAUGUGGACAAGAAACACGUCGGACAGUCAAUGGGAACGGCCAUGUCCUUUGUAACUGCAGGAAUUGUCGGCGGACCAACAGUGAGUGGCGCGUUACUCCAGUUAUUUGGCUACUGGGCCGCCUGGUCACUUCCGUUGGUUGUACUUGUCUUGGAUAUCGUUGCCCGCCUGGUCAUGAUUGAGCCUGGCGUCGGAUAUUCAAAGACUGAUUCUCUAAGCAAAUGUACUGGCACAUCAGUUCCCAGCAAUGACGGCGGUCCAGAAGAAUCGACUGCUCUGCUCUCUGAUGCACCGCCUACGGCCAGCCCAGAUGACUCUGGAUUGGAGAGCAAGCAUGGCCUUAAACAGGAAUACUACAGAGCUAUGCUCUCCGAACCCCGUGUUUUGACUGCGUUAGCCAACGUUGUUGUUGUCUCCUCGCUCAUGUCGGGCAUUAACAACACUCUCCCCGUCCACCUCAGGCAAGCAUUCGGUUGGAAGAGCUUACUAAUUAGUAUGAUGUUCUUCUGUCUCCAAGUCCCAAAUAUCAUUCUCAGCGGCCCCUCCGGAUGGCUUCGUGAUCGGAUCGGAAUACGGGGACCUACCGUUUUCGGCUGGCUGGCGAUGAUCCCUCUACUCCUGCUUCUAGGGAUGCCCGGAGACUCCCACUUCCCGUGGGCCGGAGGACCUGCAGCUGGCAAGUCUAUUUUUAUCAGCAGUUUGAUCGCUUUAGGUAGUAUUCUACCUCUUGUGCGCGGCGUAGGAGCCGUGCAACUAGCCUAUGUUGUCAAGGAUAUGGAAGCUAAAGACCCGCAUCUAUUCGAGGCCAACAGAAGCAACCUCCGAGUCUUUUCCAUGACUGAAGUGGGAUAUAGUGUCGGUAUGAUGUUCGGGCCUUUGUUGACCGGCUCACUAUUUGAAGGAGUUGGCUUCUUUUACAUGACUGUGGCACUAGCUAUUACCUGCCUCCUCCAGGCCGUGAUUUCCUGGCGUUGGUUGGAUACCCUGCCCACGCCCGAAAUUCCUGAAGCUUCAGUUUAA